CUCUCGACAAAACAAUCGGUCGCAAAUAAAUCUGAAACUCUGAUUUCAGCUGACGGUAGUUUAUGGUGUAACGCCACAUAUGACACCGUCCUCUGUUGGCCACCCACACCAGCGAACACAAGUAUCGUGCUACCAUGUCCUCCACUCAAGGGACUUGAUCCCACUCGAAAUAUCACGAAGAAAUGCCACUGGACCGGUAAUUGGCAAGGACGCACGGAGAACGACUUUGCCAGAGACCAUGGCUGGACAAAUUUCACCAUGUGCUAUACGGAUGAAGUGAUCUACAUCAUGAAUAACCUCAACAAUGAAUCUCUAGGGAUUGCACAGGAAGUGGCCAAAAAUGCACGGAAACUCGAAUUUGUCGGGUUGGGGUUGUCGUUAGUCAGCCUUAUAGUCUCGAUCGGAAUUUUCUCAUAUUUUCGACGACUCCGGGUCUUCCGUAAUAUGCUGCAUUUACAUUUGAUGAUUGCCAUCCUUAUGGUUGUCAUUAUUCGCCUUGUUUUAUACAUUGAUUUGAUUUUUACUGGCAAUCAUGUCUCACAUCAGAGUCCUUCCGAUGGAAAGACUAUCAACACCAUGCCAUUUGUUUGCGAAGCGAUGUAUUUCCUUCUUGAAUACUUCAAGACUGUUGCUUUUGGCUGGAUGUUCUUAGAAGGCUUUUAUUUACACAAUCAGCUGGUACUCACUGUUUUCAACUCUGAGCCGCGACUGACACCAUACUUAAUUGCCGGUUACGGAAUCCCUCUACUGCACACGUUGAUAUGGCUGUUUGUAGUUUUGAUAAAGAAAGAUUUCAAGGUGGAGCGAUGUCUGGGUUCGUACUAUCUGGAACCCGAAUUCUGGAUUCUCGACGGCCCACGAAUGGCUGAAUUAGUGGUCAAUCUCUUCUUUAUUUGUAAUGUGAUUCGGGUGUUAUGGUCAAAAGUACGUGAGAGCCAUAGCACAAGCGAGAAAAGCGUCAAAGCAGCGUUGAUGUUGAUACCAUUGCUUGGCAUACCGAACAUCAUGCAGACGAUACCGUUCGCUCCGACUCGAGACAACAUUACGGUUUUUGCCAUAUGGACGUACCUCGCAUCCUUCACGUACAUGUAUCAGGGCCUUAUGAUAACCAUAAUAUACUUGAUUCAGGUUAACACUGUUCUGAAAGCCUUCUAUGAUCGCUAUCGCUUACAACACACCAGUCAGAAUGAACUUCGUCGAGGUUCUCGAUCGAUCGCGUCCCACUACCAAGCUCGAAAUGGCCAGGUGACAUUGAUUCUGGAUAACAACAACGGCGCAUCUCUGUCACCAUAUACCCCUCGGUCGAAGAAAGGCAGUGAAGACUCAACAGCCAAACUGAUGCUAAGCGUGUCGGUUCGUUGGAUUUUACUAAAAGGCUCAAUGUUUCUUGCGGGUGAAAAUAACCCCUAA